CCCUCUUCUCAACUUUUCUUUCCUUUCUGACUGCUGAUGUGUACAAGUUACAACGUUCUAAGACAGAAUAAAAAUGAUUUAUUUUCAUUCCAAAUUACUACUUAUUUUUCUUCUGGCUUUUCCGUGUGGAUUGAUAGCCACUGGCCAGGUAUCUGCAGAUCAUGUUGAGGAUGUAGCCCCAGAUGCAGCUGUAGACGAGGAAGAGGAGGAGGAAGAUGAAGUGCUUGUUGAGGAAGAUCAGGUCGUGGGUUUGGAAACUGAAGAUGAUUUGGAUGAAGAUGCAACUAUUACUGAUGUAACCUUCCAUCCUGAUGCUGACACCACCAUCAUCUUUGUGACUGGCGAAGAGUUCCCAGCUAAUGAAAUUGUUAAGUUCCUGGUGGGUUUCACCAACAAGGGAAGCCAGGACUUUACUGUUCAUUCACUGGAGGCCUCGUUCCGUUACCCUCAGGACUUCCAGUUCUACAUUCAGAACUUCACAGCCUUGCCGCUCAGCACUGUGGUGCAGCCCCAGAAGCAGGCCUCCUUUGAGUACUCCUUUAUCCCAGCUCAGCCUAUGGCUGGACGGCCCUUUGGUCUUGUCAUUCUCCUCAACUACCAGGAUGGCGAGGGAAACACUUUCCAGACAGCCAUUUACAACCAGACUGUCACCAUCACUGAGCUGGAGGAGGGGCUGGAUGGAGAAACAAUGUUCAUGUAUAUAUUCCUUACUGGAUUGAUCAUCCUCAUGGCUUUUGGUAUUUACCAAGUGCUGGAGUCUAGGACGAGGAAGAGAGUCCCAGUGAAGGUAGAGACUGGUACUGGUGGAAUGAAUGAUGUGGACAUCAGCUGGAUUCCCCUGGAGACUCUCAAUGUCAUGAACAAGGCAUCCCCUAAAGCCUCUCCACGGAAACGCACCAAGAGAGCUGCUGGAACAGAUCAAUAAGCUACUCCAAGCAGCAAUCCUCGUCAAUGUCCUUUACACAGACAUGUCUUCAUCAGCUCCAACAACCUGGCCUCCCUCAGCCUUGGGCUAACCCAGUCACAAAACAAGUAUUAUGUCCUGACUUGAAGCAAAUGCAUCUGUGUUGGGUUUGUUGGACAGAUGACACAAGGGUUUACGAUGUGUCCAUUCAGACAUUUCUUCAACUGGACAUUGGCUAACUUUUAACCAACUUUUUUAAAAGGAUCUUUCAGUUUGUGAAUCACUGAUAAGUAAAAGAACGUGUAAACUAAACUGUGUUGAAUCAUUGAAGACACAAUGUGACACCUGGGCCUGUAGGCCCUACAAACAAAAAUGACAUGAUUUUAAUGUAAUAAUGUAAGUUGAAAUAUUUUGUCAUCCAUUCCUAAACUGUGAUGUCAUUGAAGGCUCAGGAUGUGAUUGUGCAGUAUUGUUUUCAAGCCAAGAUUUUCCGAGAACUCAGUUUGUUGAGUUUUCCGAUAUUUUUGUACUGCAUAGAUACCUUCCUGUGUUCUAUGUUGUAUUCCAGGCUAUUGUGUGGAAGGCCAUCAGGUUUUAAGCCAAGUUGUUUGCUCAGUUUAAUUGAUGUAGUGCUGCCAAGGUAUCAGGUCACAUGGCCUAUCAGCCAUUAAACACUUUACACACAUUUUUUUUUUCAACCAAAUAAAAUAUAUUUUGGGUUGUA